AUGGGAACCUCACCGAGUAGUUGGUUUAAAUUAGUAGCGUUCCGAAUUAGAAAUUUUGGGAAACGGUCUCCAAGAGAUAUCAUUGUUGUCUACGACAAUACCACCCCAGCUUCCCAACAAGAUCAAGCCAUUGCCAAUAAUAUUCCCACAGAAGAUGAUGAUAAUGAUGAUGAUGAUGAUGAUGAAGAAACAGCCAAUUUGAUAGGCCCCACGUUAACCCAAUUACAAGCUUCAUCAACAUUGCAAGAAAGAAUUCUGACUAAGGAAGAUACUGCAGCCACCAAGAUCCAAGCACUUUUCAGAGCCCAUCUUGCAAGACGUGCGUUUCGGGCGCUGAGGAGUCUGGUGAAGCUGCAAGCUAUGGUUCGCGGAGCGCAUGUGAGGAAACAGGCGCGCAUAGCUCUGCAUUGCAUGCAUGCAUUAGUCCGGCUGCAGGUCAGUGUUCGUGCACGACAGCUACUUGGCAGGGGUGAUGACAACCGGUCUCCCUUGCGGAGCUAGAUAGCCAGCUUUAUUACAACU